CGGAUUCGAUAGAGGAGAAAAACUUGGGGAAGAAACCGCGACACGGGCCGAGAAGGAUGCGCCGAGAUCGAUUUGACCUCCACCUCCUCUUCCUCCCCGUCCCCCCCUCCUCCUGAAUGGCGACACCCUCCUCCCCCUCAAAUCUCUCCUCUUUAUUGCCUCCUCCUCCUCCUCGUGCGCUCCCCGUGCUAACCGGUCAAAACCCUAGCCCUAGCGCAGCCGCCCCCCAUGGCUGCGGACUACCGCACCCCGGACCGCCUCCUGCCCGCCGCCGCCGAGGAGCCGGCGGCGCCCCCGGGCCCCCCGCCCAAGCCGGUGCUUAGCGCCCCCGCCGUCCCCGCCGCCACCCACGACGGCCUCCGCUUCUGGCAGUACAUGCUCGCCGGCUCCGUCGCCGGCGUCGUCGAGCACACGGCGAUGUUCCCCGUCGACACCCUCAAGACCCAUAUGCAGGCCGGCGCGCCGCCCUGCCGCCCGGCGCUGUCGCUGGGGGCCGCCCUGCGAAACGCCGUGGCGGGGGAGGGCGGCGCGCUCGCCCUCUACCGGGGCCUCCCCGCCAUGGCGCUCGGCGCCGGGCCCGCCCACGCCGUCUACUUCUCCGUCUACGAGUUCGCCAAGUCGGCGCUCACCGACCGCUUCGGCCCCAACAACCCCGCCGCUCACGCCGCAUCUGGGGUGCUCGCGACCGUCGCCAGCGACGCGGUCUUCACGCCCAUGGACACCGUCAAGCAGCGGCUGCAGCUCACCAGCAGCCCCUACACGGGCGUGGGGCACUGCAUCCGCACCGUGCUGCGCGACGAGGGGCUCGGCGCCUUCUUCGUGUCUUAUCGGACCACCGUCGUCAUGAACGCGCCCUAUACCGCCGUCCACUUUGCCACCUAUGAGGCGGCCAAGCGGAUUCUCGGGGACAUGGCCGCCGACGAGGAGUCCCUCGCCGUGCACGCCACAGCUGGGGCUGCAGCUGGCGCACUCGCGGCGGCGGUCACCACGCCGCUGGACGUUGUCAAGACGCAGCUACAGUGUCAGGGUGUCUGCGGCUGUGAGCGCUUCUCAAGUAGCUCAAUAGGAGAUGUGUUUAAAACAAUCAUUAAACGAGAUGGAUAUUCCGGGCUCAUGAGGGGAUGGAAGCCAAGAAUGCUGUUCCAUGCACCUGCGGCUGCGAUUUGUUGGUCCACAUACGAGGCUUCGAAGUCAUUUUUUGAAAGGUUCAACGAGGAAAGGCGGAAAUAGUCCGAGCAUUUCUUGGAAUGCCGUGUAUUUUUCUUGAAGUCAAUGUACUUCUACACAGGAGCAUACUCGCUCAGCUGACAGAAGACGCAGCACAGGGACACAUUUGUUGUGGUGUUGUGCCCCAGGGCUGUCCAUUGGGGAAUUGAGAUGUGCUGCCCGUCAAACCUGUCUAACGAAGAUCUGUCUGUACCCUGUUCUCUCUCUUUUCAGAUAACUUAAUGUAUUAUUUUCCUGCCCUGGCUUGAGGUAACAAUACUAGAAUAAUAUUUUGCAAAGUUUGAUCAGAAUCGCUCAGCAAACUAUUAUAUUUGUAAUUCCAUCUGGCCUCCUGCCUUUGUGCUGGCUUUUUGAUAAUGAAACAGUGAUUUUGCCA